AGUGCUAACUGUUUUUGCAACAAAUGGCAAAGGAAUUUGAAACUGUCCGUCUUAGAAGGAAUUGCAAUAUUACAACUCUUUGUACUUUAACUUUUCUGGUGAUAGUUAUUUCAUAUCUGCCAAAAGAGGUGCAAGGGAACCAUGCGCCACAACCAAUACCGAGAAACACUAACGGCAACAGAGGACGAAAUCUGAGACCGGAAACUGUUCCAUCAUCUCAGCGCAGGCGUGGUAUUCAGCAACAGCAACAUGUUGUUUCUCGUGGUACGAGUUCAAAUAUCAAUGACAGAAAUGGCAGGAGGUUUCCAAUGCCGAACACUCGUGUUUCACCACAGCAACGGGUGACGGCGUCUCGUCAUUCUGGACAGAGGCCGAGUCCAAAUAACCCAAGGACAAGAACAAUACAAAGGACAACCAAUGCUAGGUCGUCUUUACGGGACGGCAGGCGGACGCUGAACGCCCGUAGAAUUAGCAACAGAGUUUCCUCCAACGGACGUCUUCAACCUGGAAGUGACCCUAAUGGACGCGUUAGACCAUUGGAAAAUGCUGAGGCAAAUCAACAACUCAACGACAGGGGAAAUACAGACUUGUUUCCAUCAUCUAUCAAUCAAUUCAUCAACAAACUGCGCGAGAGAAUUCCAAAUAUAGGACUCGGCCUUGGUGUACACAUAGAGGAUCCUAAUUCAAGACGAUCAAGUUCUUCUCGAUCUAGGAUUUCAACUUCUCGAUCUAGUUCUGGAUCGAGUUCCGUCAUGAACGCCAUAAGCAAUAUCGGGAGCUUAUUUAACAGAGGAAGAAAUUCUGCUCCUUCUAUUCCGUCUCCCACACCCUCGUCUCGUUCACAAUCAUCGUCUUUCUCUAGAAGUGACAACUCUUUGGGUUCAAAUAACAGAGGGCAAAGACCUUCACCAGCAUCAAUUCAUCGACAAUCGCAGUUUUCCUUAACAAAUCAAUCACCCGUAAAAGGUUCGGUCAAUCCAGGUAUACAGAACAAUGGUCAUUUAUUUGAUUCUGGAUUCAUGCAAUCAUCAUCAAAUGCUGUCAAUGUCAAUCCUAUUCCUCAACCUGUCAUGCAGCAACAAAAUGUUGCACAUAAAUCUUUAUUUGGAUUUCCACAAGAAUCAGUUGUCAACCAGAAGCCAAUACAGCCAACAUUUUCACUCCAACAGCAACAAAUCCAACAACAUCAAAUGACAGGAAAUCAGAUCAAUAGCUUCAGCCAUCAAGGACGGGUUCAGCCACAGCAAGUGGCAAUCAACAGUAUGGUUCAACGACCACAACAAUCCUCAAGCAUGGUACUACAACCAGUUUCACAACAAACUCAAACUUUAUUUGGACAGCCACCUCAAAAUGUACAUUCUGUCAAUCAAAAUCCACUCCAACUUGGUGGGAGUCAAAACGUUUUAAUGCAACAGCAAACAGCACCUAAAUCAGGAACAGUGGUCCAACCUAUGUCAGCACAAUCCGUGAACACAAACAGUUUCCAUUUCCUGGGUAAUCAACAAAACACUGCAGUUAGAAGACCAGUACUGCCAACUCCAGCACCAUUGAUGACACAGGCAAUACAGACAAACGGGCAAACAAUUAUCAAUGGAGCAGGUGGAGUUUUCCAGGCACCGCAGUCAGUGUUGCAAAUGUCAUUCAAUGCGCACCCCACUCCAACGAAUACACAAGUGUUGAAAGCUCAACAGAAUGUUGGUGUCGCUGGACCGCAAGUUCAUGGACAGUUUGUUGGCGUCCAAGGGCAAAUAUUCCAGUUGAAACCAUCAAGCCAACAUACUUAUCAAGUUGUAAACGGCCAAUUAGUACCAGUUCAGCAAUCUUUUCAACUGGUUCCAACUGGUCAAACAGUGGCACCAAGACAGCAACACCAACAGCAAAUAUCAAUUCAAAAUGGUCAAAUUCAGAUGGCAGCAUUUGAAACAAACACAGCAAGUGUCAUUCGAAAGUCUCAAAAUUCGCAACCCCCUACAAAGGUUCCUUUCUCUUUUGGUCUCUUUUCCAGCAAUACAAACACAAAGAUGUCAAAUCUGACUUCUCAAGCUAAACAGCUGGUGGAGCAGAAUGCUCAUAUCGAAUUACAAAACCAGUUAUUGCAACAGUUGUUGAUUGAGCAGGUGCUCAACAGUCACGGAGUCAAUGCCACGGGGUCCCCUGCGUCUUCAAAUUCCUCGAUCCUUACCAACUCCGUUGCUAUUUCAAACAAAGGGAAAGAGAGUCCCGCUUCUGUAGCCUUUAACUGGCGCGAAGGAACUGCUGUCAACGCUUCAAAGACAGGUAUUAGACGUGUCAUUCACGGACAGAGGAAUCCGGGUGGAGUAAAAGUAAUCAGCCUUAGAGCAGCCAACACGGUUAGCCCCUUCAACAGGUCAAAGACGAGAGUGACAAAUUCUCCAUAUCAAGGAGGAAUAGCUCGACACUCAGCAAAUAUGAAUAUUGCCGUUACAAACUCGCCUCCAUCACAAGCAACGUUUGAUCCAGAAGUACUACCACAGUACAGGAACUCUACAAAUGCUACAUUACGAAGCAUGGAUCGUACUGACAGACUAAAUACAACGGAUAUUCCCGAGGAGAUUGAGGUUAACGGGAUAUCUUUGGACAGUCCAGCAGAUCGAAACGUAGUAGGCACUCCUCAUCCGCUGGAUAAUUAUGUUCAUGGCGUUCAUGGUCAUAACAACAUGGGAACCCGCCCGGUUACCCCUGCAACUGCAUUUGGAACUCGAAAGAAUGAAAAGUUUAGUAAACUAGAUCGAACAGAUCGACUUAACACCACAGACAUACCAGAGGAGAUAGAAGUGAAUGGGCAAUCCUUGGAUAGUCCUGCUGAUCGAAAUGGAAUGAAUGUGCAUCAUCCAAUGGACUAUCUUGUACAUGGAGUGACAGCAAGUGGAAUGGGCGCUCAUCAAGCUCAAGCAAGCUAUGUUAACAACCGACCAGCCCCGCCCCCAGAGGAGCCAGAGGAGAUGUUGUUUUCUGCCUCUAAACCAGGGUACAUUGAUACCACGAUUGGACUUGGAACCAACGUUAUGGACACAAAACAUUUCCGUGAUUACUCUUUAUUCCAAGCAGUUUCACAUCAAGCAUACGAUCUUAUGCAACUUCUCCAAUUCUCCUUAUCGAGGAUCCCAUCACACGUUCUACAUGGAGUUCAGUAUUGGAUGCCAAACAUUCCAUACAAUGUAUUCCGUUCUAUAAAGAACUCUGCACCUUCGUUCUAUCGAGGAUUUCAGGAUACGGUCGGCAGCAUUCCUACCUCUGUUGCUCGUGGUAUUUUGAAUCUUGUAGACAUGAUCAGACACUCAUCGGCAAAAACAACCAGACCUGUGAAAACCGUUGCGUCGAAAAUGGCUAAAGUUUUACACGAUUCUUUUACGUCACCGCGUCCACCCACAACUCAAAAUUUGUUCGAUUUUCGAAUUUUUGAUAUGAUUCAGCUUACCACAACCCCGGCUUUGCCCGCCUCAACACCAUCACCUGUGCAACAAUCCGCUAAAACUCUAGCGAAGCUUAUGAAUUUGGUAAAACUUUUGAUCCACGAACCGUCUACUACCACCAAGGCGCCUUUGCCCGCAGUGAAUGCAACACUAAAAUCAAAUGCCGCACGUGUGAUAAAUACCAAUGAAAUCAAAAUAUCACACAAAAAUGUGUCUCAUGCUACCGCUACAAAGGUGACAAAAACUAUUGUGUCUAAAAAAGCUGUAUCCCCUAAAACUACCGUGAAAAAUGCGCCUAAACGGUUACCGCCAACUCCAUCUCAAAACAAGCAGCAAGUUAUUCAGAAACAGAGUGGAAAGCAACACCAGGUGAUGAGAAAACAGAUGGAGAGGCAAAAUAUCAAAAGAGCAAGAACACAAUUCCAAGAUCGGCGACUUCCACCCACACCACCACAAAACGGACAGGAACAGCAUGGACCAUCUUUUCCUGGAUCCCGAAUUCGAUUACCCCCAACACCAGCCCAAGAUCGUCCUCAAGUAUACAGGGGGAAUUCCGUAAUUCCAACUCAAAAUGUUGUCGGGAAUGCAAGAGGACAAACGUUUCUGAACAAAGUGGUGCAAUCUCAAUAUCAAAAUUUCCAUUUGCCAAAACAAACGUCUAAAAAACAAAAUUAUCAACAAAAGCAAAAUAACCAACAGUCCUUCACAAUAACGAAAAACGGCAUGUUUGAGAUACAAAAUAACGUCCCAGUCAAAUCCAAGACAAGAAAAAAUAAAAAGAAUUUGGAUUUAAUGGGAAUCAAAGUGAUAUCGUCAAAGCAAAAAGUACCAAAUAACCUUCCGACUCAAGUUCCUCCUAACGUCUACCCAAUAGCCAACAAUCCCCUUCCAUCUCAAGUUCCACCGGAAGUAUACCGCCACGAGAGAAUAGCUACGCCUCCUGUUUAUAGACAUCAACCAUUAGCGACACAACCAUACACCACGAAGCCUCCAUAUCAGCAAGCAUAUCCAACAUUGCCGCGCUCUCAACAACCAUUGACAACAAUACCUUCAAAUUUUGAUUACUUCCAAAACAACGCCCAGCAAAAUCCUCCCGACUACAGUUACCAAAGUAACUUCUUUGGCGAAAGUGUAACACAGCCCACACCUACUGAACCCUUGGGAAAUAAUUUCGAUUCCAAUGCGGAGUCACAGAACAUGGCGCGUCAACCGAUAGAAAACACGAUACAGUACAAGGAAUUCAGCAGUGCAAACAGGAAAGGUUUCCGUAUUUCAGAAGUGUUCGGAAGGAGGAAGUGA